UGACUGGACCAAGGCCGAGCCUUUUAUUCGCCAUUGUUGCUGUGUUCCCUCCUUCAGAGGUCGUCGACGGAGAUGAGCGGCCACGAUUCCAAGUACUUCUCCACCACCAAGAAGGGAGAAAUCCCCGAGCUCAAAGAGGAGCUCAAUUCUCAGUACAAGGAUAAGAGAAAAGAUGCUGUGAAAAAGGUGAUUGCUGCAAUGACUGUUGGGAAGGAUGUCUCAUCGUUGUUCACAGAUGUUGUGAAUUGCAUGCAAACAGAGAAUUUGGAGCUCAAAAAGCUUGUUUAUUUGUAUCUCAUAAAUUAUGCUAAAAGCCAGCCGGACCUAGCAAUACUUGCAGUGAAUACAUUUGUGAAGGAUUCACAGGAUCCAAACCCUUUAAUUCGUGCUUUGGCAGUACGAACAAUGGGAUGCAUUCGUGUUGAUAAAAUCACAGAAUAUCUAUGUGACCCCCUUCAGAGGUGUCUCAAGGAUGAUGACCCAUAUGUUCGCAAGACGGCAUCUAUAUGUGUUGCUAAACUUUACGACAUAAAUGCUGAGUUAGUCGAGGAUAGGGGUUUUCUGGAAUCUCUCAAGGAUUUGAUCUCUGACAAUAAUCCGAUGGUUGUAGCAAAUGCUGUGGCAGCUCUUUCUGAGAUUCAAGAGAACAGUAGCAGGCCUAUCUUUGAGGUCACCAGCCACACUCUUUCAAAGCUCCUUACUGCUCUAAAUGAAUGCACAGAGUGGGGUCAAGUUUUCAUAUUGGAUGCACUUUCCAAGUACAAGGCAGCUGAUGCUCGUGAAGCUGAAAGUAUAGUAGAGCGAGUUACUCCACGAUUACAACAUGCAAAUUGUGCAGUUGUACUUUCAGCUGUUAAGAUGAUCCUCCAACAAAUGGAACUCAUCACCAGUACUGAUGUUGUCAGAAAUCUUUGCAAAAAAAUGGCUCCUCCUCUUGUAACAUUGCUCUCUGCAGAACCUGAGAUACAAUAUGUUGCAUUGAGGAACAUCAACCUUAUUGUACAAAGACGGCCUACAAUCCUUGCCCAUGAAAUCAAGGUAUUCUUCUGCAAGUACAAUGAUCCAAUUUAUGUGAAGAUGGAAAAAUUAGAAAUCAUGAUAAAGCUUGCUUCAGACCGAAAUAUAGACCAGGUUCUAUUGGAGUUCAAAGAGUAUGCUACAGAAGUAGAUGUAGAUUUUGUCAGAAAGGCUGUUCGUGCUAUUGGCCGUUGUGCCAUAAAGUUAGAGAGAGCAGCAGAGCGAUGCAUCAGUGUUUUACUUGAGCUGAUCAAGAUUAAAGUAAACUAUGUGGUUCAAGAGGCUAUUAUAGUUAUCAAAGAUAUUUUUAGGAGAUACCCUAAUACCUAUGAAUCCAUCAUUGCAACACUCUGUGAGAGCUUAGACACUUUGGAUGAGCCAGAAGCAAAGGCAUCAAUGAUCUGGAUAAUUGGUGAAUAUGCAGAAAGAAUUGACAAUGCUGAUGAGCUCCUUGAAAGCUUCUUGGAGAGUUUUCCUGAGGAGCCUGCACAAGUUCAAUUGCAGUUGUUAACAGCAACUGUCAAACUUUUCCUUAAGAAGCCAACUGAAGGGCCACAGCAGAUGAUUCAGGUAGUUUUGAAUAAUGCCACUGUAGAGACAGACAAUCCAGAUCUCCGGGAUCGUGCAUACAUUUAUUGGCGUCUUCUUUCAACUGAUCCUGAGGCUGCUAAGGAUGUUGUAUUAGCUGAGAAGCCUGUGAUUAGUGAUGAUUCGAACCAGCUUGAUCCUUCUCUCCUCGAUGAGCUUCUUGCCAACAUUGCUACUUUGUCAUCAGUGUAUCACAAACCUCCAGAUUCAUUUGUGACUCGUGUGAAGACUACACCACAAAGAUCUGAAGAGGAGGACUAUCCAGAUGGGAGUGAAGCAGGGUACUCUGAGUCAUCUGCUCAUGCACCUGACAGUGGGGCAUCACCUCCAACCAGCUCUAGUAGCGUUCCAUAUGCUUCACCCAAACAUCCAGCCACAACACAGGUUUCACCUCCACCAGCUGCUCCUGCCCCAGAUUUACUGGGCGAUCUAAUUGGGUUGGAUAAUGCUAUUGUACCUGUUGAUCAGCCUGUUGAACCUGCUGGCCCUCCUUUGCCCGUUCUACUACCAGCAUCAACUGGUCAAGGUUUACAAAUUAGUGCACAUCUGGCACGAAAGGAUGGUCAAAUAUUUUACAGUAUGUUAUUUGAAAACAACUCACAGAUCCCUCUUGAUGGGUUCAUGAUUCAGUUCAAUAAGAAUUCAUUUGGGCUUGCUCCAGCUGGACCUCUGCAGGUCCCUCAAUUGCAACCGGGGACAUCAGCAAGGACUCUUCUGCCUAUGGUUUUGUUCCAGAAUAUGGCUCCUGGUCCUCCAAACUCACUUCUGCAGGUUGCUGUGAAGAAUAACCAACAACCAGUGUGGUACUUCAGUGAUAAAAUCUCAUUGCUGGUUUUCUUCUCUGAGGAUGGGAAAAUGGAGCGUGCAAGCUUUCUGGAGGCAUGGAAGUCCCUUCCUGAUUCAAAUGAGGUGUCAAAGGAGUUUCCUGGCAUCACGGUGAACAGUCUGGAAGGCAUCCUAGACCGGUUAGCUGCGUCAAAAGUGUUCUUCAUUGCAAAGCGGAAGCAUGCAAACCAGGAGGUGCUGUAUCUCUCUGCCCAGGUCCCUGGAGGAAUCACAUUCUUGAUUGAACUCACUAUGGUUGCUGGGGCCCCCGGGGUGAAGUGUGCAAUCAAGACCCCAAGCCCUGAAAUGGCUCCUCUCUUCUUUGAAGCCAUUGAGACCCUCCUCAGAGGUUGAUUCUGUUCUCCAUAUCUUCCUCUUUUAUUUUCCUUUUGUCAUAAUCCCAUGUAAAAAGGGAAAAAAUCUAUAUUGGCCACCGAGUUUUUUGUUGUUUCGAUUUUUGUAUUCUACCCCACUGAAUACCCGAGUUGCUAUUUCAAGUGAUGUUAGUUUGUUGGAACCGAGAGCCUCUCGCAAGACAACUCGGUUUUGUCAAAUGUUAUUUUUCAAAUUUCAUCGCGUAACCACAUUUCUCUUGCUCAUUUAUCCUUAUUAAUUCAUUUGUUUAGAUAUUUU